AAAAUGUCAUUUAAAUGUUCACAUGAGAAUUCACACAGGCGAGAAGCCUUUCUCUUGUGGGAGCUGUGGAAAGAGUUUCUGAAAAAUGUCAUUUAAAUGUUCACAUGAGAAUUCACACUGGUGAGAAGCCUUUCUCUUGUGGGACUUGUGGAAAAAGUUUCUCUCAAAAAGGUCAUUUAAAAGUUCACAUGAGAAUUCACACUGGUGAGAAGCCUUUUUCUUGUGGGACUUGUGGAAAGAGUUACACCCAUAAAGCCGGGUUAAGUUAUCACAUGAGAAUUCACACUGGUGAGAAGCCUUUCUCUUGUGGGACUUGUGGAAAGAGUUUCAUCCAUAGAGACGGGUUAAGUUAUCACAUGAGAAUUCACACUGGUGAGAAGCCUUUCUCUUGUGGGACUUGUGGAAAGAGUUUCACCCAUAAAGCCGGGUUAAGUUAUCACAUGAGAAUUCACACUGGUGAGAAGCCUUUCUCUUGUGGGACCUGUGGAAAGAGUUUCUCUCAUAAAGGUUGUUUAAAUGUUCACAUGAGAUUUCAUACGGGUGAGAAGCCUUUCUUUUGUGGGACAUGUGGAAAGAGUUUCUCUCAAAAAUGUAAUUUAAAAGUUCACAUGAGGUCACACAGGUGAGAAGCUUUUUUCCUCUGGAAUCCGUGGAAAGACUUACAAUGACAGAAGAAAUUUAACUUGUCACAUAAAGACUCUCAUACUGGAAACUUUUGGAAGGAAACAGAUCCGAUCCGUUUUUUGUGUCCAAUCCAAUGGAAAAUCUGGUUGGAUAAUGUAAACAGCAAGUAGAAAACAAAUUCUUGCAGGCUGCUAGUGAUUCACUGUGACUUUCAUUGUCCAGCCAUGAU